ACGAGGACAAAGUCGUCCAUCUGUUUGUGGUUCUACAUUUCAUUUUCAGGGUAUUCCGCAAAAGAAUACGGAAGAAGAGAGGUGCGAGGGAUCUCGUCGCGCAAUUCAUCGAACCUUUGCCGUGAGUGAACGUGAAAUUCUUCGGAUCAAAACGACACGAACGUUAUCUUGGACGUAGGUGGGUCGUUAUAAUUCUGAAGUAUGGCAGAAUAUCUCGAUUCUGAGGCAGACGUGAGCGAGGGUGAAGAGGAGCUUGACCAAAAUGAAAAAAAGAAAUUGAGGAAGCUGAAGGCAGUGGAGGAAAGUGACGACGAGGAGGAAGAUGAUGAGGAUCAGUUGCGCGAGGAAUUGAAAGACUUGAUAGAUGAUAAUCCAAUAGAGGAAAGCGAGGGUGAAGAUAGUGAUGGCUCUGAUCAUCAUAAAAAGCGUAAAAAGAGUGACGAUGAGGAUUUUGAUGAUCGCCUGGAAGAUGAAGAUUAUGAUUUGAUCGAAGAAAAUUUAGGCGUCAAACUUGAGAGAAAACGUUUCAAACGUCUCCGAAGAAUCCAAGAUGAGGAAUCAGAGGAAGAACAAGAAAAGGAAGCAGAUGAUGAAAGGGAUGCCAUUGCCAAUGAAUUAUUUGAAGGUUCCGGAGAUGAAAGAGAUAUUAUCACGGAGGAUGAAAGACGAAGCGAACGAAGUCAUAGACCCGACAUGGAAAACUUUGAGGAAGGUAGUGAUGAAGGAGAAUAUACUGAUGCGGAUGAUUUCAUAGUCGAUGAUGAUGGUAGACCCAUUGCGGAGAAAAGAAAGAAGAAGAAGCCAAUAUUUACUGACGCAGCUUUGCAAGAAGCACAAGAUAUCUUCGGCGUUGACUUUGAUUAUGAAGAAUUCGGCAAAUAUGGCGAGGAAGAUUAUGAAGAAGAAGAAGAAGAGGAGGAGGAGGAUGAAUAUUUGGAUGAAGAUGCCGAUACUGAGAGGCCACGACGACCGAAGAAACAGCUGAAGAAAAAGACCACGAGAAAGAGUAUCUUCGAGAUUUAUGAGCCCAGUGAAUUAAAACGCGGCCAUUUUACUGAUAUGGAUAAUGAGAUACGUAACACAGAUAUACCGGAAAGAAUGCAACUUCGAUCUGUACCGGUCACACCAGUUGCAGAAGGUUCUGAUGAAUUAGAUCUCGAGGCAGAAUGGAUUUAUAAACAAGCAUUUUGCAAACCCACAGUCUCCAUUCAAGAUGCUCAUUUGAAUGCUGAGGCUAAAGAACGGGCACGAAAAGGACCACAGACUAUCGGCAAGAUCAAAAAAGCCUUAGAUUUCAUGCGCAAUCAACAUUUUGAAGUCCCUUUUAUAUCCUUCUACAGAAAAGAAUACGUGCUGCCCGAGUUGAACAUUAACGAUCUGUGGAAGGUCUACAAGUUCGACGCAAAAUGGUGUCAACUGUGUCAGCGAAAGGAGAACUUGCUCAAGCUAUUUGAGAAGAUGCGUAAUUUUCAAUUAGAUGAAAUCAUGAAAAACCCAGACGCGCCGUUGCCAGACAAUGUGCGAGUGAUCAAAGAUGACGAUAUUGAGCGGCUGAAGAACGUUCAGACAAGUGAAGAGCUUAAUGAUAUUUAUAAUCAUUUCAUGCUAUAUUAUAGCCAUGAAAUUCCAGCUAUGCAGGAAGACGUUCGUCAAAAGGAGAGAAAGGCACGGCGCGAAGAAAGGAUUCAACGACGCAAACAACAAAUCGCCGAAGCAGAGGAAAAUGGAGAGGAUCCUCCGGAAGAAGAGGAGAUACCAGAAGAAGAAGAAGUCGACGAAACACUGAAGCAAGCCGUCAGAAGUGGCCCAUACUCAAUCUGUCGGAAAGCUGGUCUGGACGGUUUGGCGAAGAAAUUUGGCCUAACGCCCGAGCAUUAUGCCGAGAAUCUGCGCGACAAUUACCAACGUCACGAGGUGGAUCAAGAGCCAACCGAGCCGACGACAAUUGCAACGGAGUAUUGCAGUUCGCGAUUCAAGACCGCAGAAGAAGUGUUGAAAGCUGCUCAAUUAAUGGUGGCGAUUCAACUGGCGCGCGAACCGCUCGUACGCAAAUGUGUGCGCGAGAUGUAUAUGGAACGUGCCAAGAUAUCUAUAAAACCAACGAAGAAAGGCAUCAAAGAAAUUGACGAGAAUCAUCCGAUCUACACAAUGAAAUAUUUGAAAGACAAACCCGUGCGCGAUCUUGUAGGCGUUCAAUUCUUGAAUUUGAUGAUCGCCGAGGAUGACAAAUUGAUUACGAUUACUCUCAGUGAUAGCAUCGAAGGUAACACCAGCAGCAACUAUGUCGAUGAGAUGAAGCAGCUUUAUUGCCGUGACGAGUUUAGCAAGCUCGUGCAAGAUUGGAAUGCUUUGCGCGUAGGCAGUGUCGAGAUUGCACUCAACCGAAUGGUGAUACCACAUUUGAAGAAAGAGUUGCGUACGAAUCUGAUCGCCGAGGCGAAGGAAUGCGUGAUGCGCGCGUGUUGUCGCAAGAUGUAUAACUGGAUCAAGGUUGCGCCAUAUAGCUGUGAGUUUCCCGACGAGGAGGAUGAAGAAUGGGACACUAGUAAAGGUCUGCGCGUCAUGGGCUUAGCCUACGUGCCUGAUUACUCACAAGCAGCCUUCACUUGCCUGAUCGCAGCCGACGGUGAAUGUACGGAUUAUCUGCGCUUGCCGCAUCUAAUGAAGCGCAAAAACAGUUAUCGUGAGGACGAAAAGACAAUGAAGGAGGCAGAUCUGCUAGCGCUGAAAAAUUUCAUAGCCACGAAGAAACCGCAUGUAGUCGUAAUAGCAGGUGAGUCUCGAGAGGCGAUGAUGAUCGCCGCUGACAUUAAAGAGUGCAUCACUCAUCUGACAGAGGAGGAGCAGUUUCCUAAUAUUCAAGUGGAAAUCUGCGACAAUGAACUCGCCAAGAUUUAUUCCAAUAGUAACAAAGGCAUCUCGGAGUUCCGAGACUAUCCGGAACUACUGCGUCAGGCUAUUUCGCUGGCGAGAAGGAUGCAGGAUCCGCUGGUGGAGUUCUCACAAUUGUGCACAGCUGACGAAGAGAUUCUUUGUCUCAAAUAUCACAAUUUACAGGAUCAGUUACCCAAGGAAGAACUGCUGGAGAAUCUGUAUCUGGAAUUCGUCAAUCGCGUAAAUGAAGUUGGCGUAGAUAUCAAUAAGACAGUCCAACAGGCAUACUGCGGUAAUCUUGUUCAAUUUGUUUGUGGUCUUGGCCCGCGAAAAGGUCAAGCUUUGAUCAAAAUGCUGAAACAGACAAAUCAACGGUUGGAAAAUAGAACACAGCUGGUUACCGCGUGUCAUAUGGGACCGAAGGUAUUCAUCAAUUGCGCUGGCUUCAUUAAAAUCGACACCAAUAGCUUAGGCGACAGUACCGAGGCAUAUGUAGAAGUGCUCGACGGUUCGCGCGUGCAUCCUGAGACUUAUGAAUGGGCCAGGAAGAUGGCGGUUGACGCUCUGGAAUAUGAUGACGAGGACGCCAAUCCCGCUGGCGCUUUGGAGGAGAUACUCGAGUCGCCGGAGCGUCUUAAGGACUUGGAUCUCGAUGCUUUCGCGGAAGAACUCGAACGGCAGGGUUUCGGCAACAAAUGUGUUACUUUAUACGAUAUUAGGGCUGAACUGAACAGCCGAUAUAAGGAUCUGCGCGUACCAUAUCAAUCACCAAGUGCGGAGAAGCUAUUUGACGUUCUGACGAAAGAAACACCCGAGACCUUCUACGUCGGGAAGUUAGUGCUAGCCACAGUGGUUGGCAUUAGUCAUCGGAAACCACAGGGCGAACAACUUGAUCAGGCGAAUCCGGUGCGAAAUGAAGAGAGCGGUCUGUGGCAGUGUCCGUUCUGUCUAAAAAACGAUUUUCCCGAGUUGUCAGAAGUAUGGAAUCACUUUGAUGCCGGUGCUUGUCCGGGCAAAGCAACUGGCGUGAGAUUACGAUUGGACAAUGGUAUUUCUGGUUAUAUACAUAUUAAAAAUCUAUCAGACCGGCAUGUUGCAAAUCCCUGCGAGAGAGUCGGUAUGGGACAGAUCAUUCAUUGCCGAAUUAUAAAAAUUGAGGUGGAUCGAUUCAGCGUCGAAUGUACCAGUAAGAGCAGCGACCUGGCUGAUAAAAAUCAUGAAUGGAGGCCGCAACGGGAUCCGUUUUACGAUACUGAGGCCGAGCAGAAGGACAUAAAGGUAGAAGAAGAUGCAAAGAAGGCGAAACAACGACAAAUCUAUGUGAAACGCGUGAUUGUUCAUCCGUCUUUUCACAAUAUCAGCUUUUCCGAAACGGUAAAAUUAAUGCAGACGAUGAAACAAGGCGAAGCAAUAGUGAGACCGAGCAGCAAAGGUGCUGACCACUUGACAGUCACAUGGAAAGUUACCGAUGACAUUCUGCAGCACAUUGAUGUUCGUGAGGAGGGUAAGGAGAAUGCUUUCUCAUUGGGACAGAGCUUAUGGAUCGGAAAUGAGGAGUUUGAAGACUUAGAUGAGAUCAUUGCUCGACACGUAAAUCCUAUGGCUGCUUACGCCUCUGAAUUACUGGACUUUAAAUACUAUAAACCCACUGUGGAAGGAAUCAAAGACAAAGCAGAAGAGAUAUUGAAGGAACAGAAAAAGGAGAAUCCUGGUGGAAUUCCUUAUAUUAUAUCGGCAGCUAAGAACUUUCCUGGGAAGUUCCUACUCUCGUAUUUACCGCGCACUCGCUGUCGUCACGAGUACGUCACAGUGACAUCUGAAGGUUUCCGAUUUCGAGGGCAGAUGUUCGGUAGGGUGAGCGAUUUUCUGCGUUGGUUUAAAGAACAUUUCAGGGAUCCCGUUCCUGGACAAUCCACUCCUAGUACGCCACGUGGUGCGAUGACUUCUAGGACGCCUUAUACCACCACGCCGGGAACGGUCAGCGGAAUGAACCAAGAAGCGAUACAGCGAGUUGCGCAAAAUCUUCCGCAUCACAUGCUACACUCGCUGUCGCAAGUAGCGAAUCAAACACCACAUCACUACCCACCGCACACGCCCGGAGCGGCUAGUGCUACCGGCUAUGGGGGAGUGCACACAUAUCCUAAUACCCCGUACACUCCAUCUGGUCAAACUCCAUUUAUGACUCCGUACCAGACUCCCCAUCACACGCCGCAUCAUGGCCAGCCCACUCCUAGAUACGGUCAACAAACUCCUAGCCAUCAUCAAGGGCCCUUCGUGCAUCCACCACCGCCCUCGAUGACACCCAGCCAUCAUAGGUCUGCUCAAUCGCACAGACCUACACCACCUUUGUCUACUCCCUCCGGUGAUCCGACGGAUUGGAAGAAAGCCGCUGAAGCAUGGGCACGUUUAAAAAGCGGCCCUCGAGUCUCUGGAUCGACGCCCAGGUACGAGGAAUCCAGGAAAACUCCACGUACCUAUGACGAAUCAGCUGGCAGAACGACACCCUCCGGAAGGAGCAGACCUUCCUCUACGCGUACUCCGUCGUACAAGUCCCCGCGAGGCACUCCACAUACGAAUUCUAGUCCACGGAGUAUGUCUCUCAGUGGGGAUGGUACUCCCUUAUACGACGAAAGCUAACGGGAUUGUGCAUAGUCGAUUGUAUUUAUUAGUUACAUCAUAUCAUGCUACGUAUGAAUAGCAAAUGCAUGUCAUCACGACAAGCAUAGGAAAACGUUAUCGAUUACUCGCGUUGAAUCGAUCGUUGAUUGUUGCCGACAUGCAACACGUAUAGUAAAUUCUUCCAUUUCCUUGCACGCGAGGUUUUGUUUGCGAUCACGAAAUUAUCAAUUGGCUACUAUAAGCUACGGCGUUGUAGCAUAAUUAUUUAUUUUAUAACUGCGCGACUUUUUCCUAUAAUGUACAUAAUAAAGUCUAUGGAAACUAAAGGCCUGAUGAAUGCG